GAAUGUAAAAUAUGUUAGUAUAUACAAUUGUGAGUUUACUAGUCAUCAGUUCCAUAAAUGCACAAAAUGAACUGCUGCAUAAUUCAGAUUUUGAAAGUUCAUCCUUUUCCGGAAACUGGGUUUGUGGCGAUUGUACAAUGACGAGCUUCACUAGCGACACCUAUCAUGGAAGACAAUCUGUCAAAGUUACAAACAGGAAACACACUUACUCAGGGCCACAUCAAACUGUCCCAAUAUCAUCCGGACAGAACUAUGUCGUCAAGACGUAUUUUAAACUUCUUAACCUUCAUCCGGGGACUAUGUAUACUAGCUUGUCUCUGAGAGUCAACCUUCAGGUGAACGGGAAAUUUGUACAUCUAAAAGUGGCUCAACAGCCUAUGCAGCAACUGAAGUUUGGUUGGACAGAAAUAAGUGGCGAUUUUUUUGCACCUAAUGGAACAACAUCAGCGACAAUUUUCCUUGAGAUUUUGAGUAUUGAUGUUAAUUAUCUGAUGGAUUCAGCAAGUCUUCAGCCAUUACAACACGACUCACAUUGGAUAUCGAAAGCGCACAACCGCAUCAACAAACUCCGUAAAGCACCCGUCACAAUAAAACUGGCACCAGGACAGCAAACUCAUGGCGUCUACGCUGAGCUAAUUCAACAGAAAAGUGCAUUUCCGUUUGGGACAGCUGUUCAUGCCGACAAGCUCGGAAAUCCUGUCUACCAGAAAUAUACAGACUUCGUGGUCAAAAAUUUUGAAUGGGGUGUCAUAGCAAAUAUGCUGAAAUGGAAAGCCGUAGAACACAGAAAGGGUCAUACAAAUUAUACAUUGGCGAUGAAUGCUUUACAACUUCUUCAAUCUCGUGGAAUGCAGAUUCGGGGUCACAACAUGUUUUGGGACGUUGACAAGCACGUGCCAGCUUGGUUACAGGGAAUGUCUCCCUCAGAUCUAGUCAAAGAAAUGGAGGCCCACGUAAACGAUGUCAUGUCGCAUACCCGGGGAAGGCUUGUACACUGGGAUGUAAACAAUGAGAACCUACAUGGUGAUUACUUUGAGCGUCACACGAGGGACCCAGACAUCACCCACAAAAUGUUCCAGUGGAUCCAUUCCCAGGACCCCAGCAUUAAGCUAUUCCUUAAUGACUACAACAUCCUCUCUCAGUCUUCUAUGACCACGGCAAUCAAAAGCCAGGCAGUUAAUUUUAUGAAAAACCACGUUCCUAUCGGAGCCGUUGGUUUACAGAGCCAUUUUCAUACAACAGAUAUCGAUAUGGAUGUCUUAAAGUACAGACUGGAUAAGGUGGCGGAGGCCGGGCUAAAAAUCUGGAUUACUGAGCUGACAGUGGGAGCAGCAGACGACAAUAAAAAGGCGGCAGCUCUGGAGAACUUAAUGACGAUGUUCUUCAGUCACCCUGCUGUUGAAGGGGUCAUUCUCUGGCAUUUCUGGGACGGAUCCAACUGGCAUCAAGAUGAGGCUUUAUUUAAUGGCCCAGGAAUCACUCCAAAUGCUGCGGGACGGAAAUAUUUAGAUCUUGUUCAUGGCACUUGGCGAUCUCACAUGAAACGUAGAUUAGAUCCAGGUCACACAGUAAACGUUACAGCGUUUAUGGGAGAUUACGUUCUGAGCGUCCGACGAAACGGUCACGUGAUUCACAACGAGACAUUUAGCUUAGGUUCAUCAGGAAAAGACCUUACGGUUCACCUUACAGUUUAUGCAAGCAGAAACAUGGCAAGAUUCUCUAUAUUGUAUGGACUAUUAUUACUUGUACUUUAUUCUAAUGCGGAAACCGAACUAUUGAAAAAUGGUGACUUUGAGAGCACGUCUUUUAGUGGAAAUUGGCAGGCUGCAGACUGUAGAGUGACUUCAUAUACAGCCGACAAGUAUCACGGAAGUAGAAGUGUAAAAAUCUCAAACAGGCACCAUGACUGGUCAGGGGUCCGCCAGGACGUCAGUCUCACAGGAGGACAAUGGUACGCUGCCAAAGCAUACAUCAAGUUACUAAACAUGCCAGCAGGUGUCUCGUACGUUUACAUGGAGAUGAUGGCGGCAGUCCAUGUAAACGGACAUACAAAAUACAGAACUAUUGGUCAAAUUCACAUGCAGCAAGAGAAGUAUGGAUGGACGGAAGUUGGAGGGGACUUUUUCGCAGAUCAUGGUGCGACUGGUGCUACUUUGUAUGUCCAGGUACACAACGCCGCUGUGAAUUACCUACAGGACUUCACCAGCCUUCAGAGGAUUCCCACAAACCCAAACUGGAAAUCAGAGGCUAACGCCAGAAUUAACAACACCAGGAAAGCCCCUAUCACAGUCAGACUAGUAAACGGAGCAUCAGCUAAAGGACUUAGCGUUGAGCUGCAGCAACAGAAGAGUAGUUUCGGAUUUGGUGCUGGUGUAGUGGCCGAUAUGAUGACAAAUCAUAAUCAACAGGCCUAUCAGAAUUUUGUGUAUAAAAAUUUUGAAUGGGCAGUCAUUGUUAACGCUCUUAAGUGGCGUCUUAUGGAGUGGUCAAAGGGCCAUAUUAACUUCGCCAGACCUGUCAACGCUAUAAAAGCCCUUAGUUCUCAUGGUGUAAAGAUCCGAGGCCACAACAUGUUUUGGGGAGUGGACGGUCAUGCGCCGGCGUGGUUGGCUGGAAAAUCUGCAUCAGAAUACGUCAGUGAAAUGAAGCUCCACGUCCAGGAGGUCAUCAGUCAUACCAGGGGAACACUAGAACACUGGGAUGUUAACAAUGAAAACCAGCACGGGGAUUACUUUGAGCGUCAUACUAAUGACCCUGACAUUACCGCCAAAAUGUUUCAGUGGAUUCACAGCGCAGAACCAGGCGUCAAACUCUUCAUUAACGAGUACAAUGUCAUCACAACUCACAGGCUACAACGGUCUGUUGCCACUCGAAACCAGGCUAUUCAACUCCGUAAUAUGGGUAUACCUGUUUAUGGCGUAGGAAUUCAGGGCCAUUUCCACAGUGGUGACAUAGAUAUAGACGUGGUGAAGUACAGAUUAGAUAAAGUGGCAGAGGCUGGCCUAAAAAUCUGGAUAACAGAGCUCACCAUUUCUGAAAGUGACGUAAACAAAAAAGCUACGGCUCUGGAAAAUCUGCUGACUCUGUUCUUCAGUCAUCCGGCGGUAGAGGGCGUUAUGUUCUGGGGAUUCUGGGACGGCGCGAUACAUCAUUCAGUUGAUAAGCUGUUUGAGGGACCUAACUUGACGCCAAACAAAGCAGGGCAGGUGUACCUUGACUUGGCACGUAAAGCAUGGAGAACAGACUUUACCCACGCAAUAAGCACACACAGUGGAGUUCAUACAUCCGGGUUCCUUGGUGAUUACGUACUGAACGUAAAAAGUAAUGGUCACGUGAUUCAUCAGGAACAUUUUUCUUUGGACAAAUCAGGGAAACAUUUAAACAUCCAUUUAACGGACGAUCAUCAGGUCUCUCACAUUGCAUUUGGAUGAAACCACGAUUGGUCAUUAAUGAUCUUGCAUAAAAAUAAAAGGAUGAGGGAAUUGUAAC